AAGUUGCUUCGUCAAGGUUACACCAUUCGCAUCCUUCUGUGGACUUUUGUGCAGUCGUUCAAGGCCUUGCCCUAUGUCUGCCUCCUUAUUGCAAUGUUGUUCUUCAUCUAUGCCAUUAUUGGUAUGCAGGUGUUUGGCAACAUUGCCUUGUCUGACGAAAAUGCAAUCAACCGCCACAAUAACUUCCGCACCUUUUUUCAAGCACUGAUGCUCCUGUUCAGGAGUGCCACGGGCGAGGGCUGGCAUGAGAUCAUGCUGUCUUGUCUCAGCAACAGACCCUGUGAUCCACGCUCCGGUAACACCACACCAGAAUGCGGAAGUGAUUUUGCAUAUUUCUACUUUGUUUCCUUUAUCUUCCUGUGCUCUUUCCUGAUGCUCAAUCUCUUUGUGGCUGUCAUCAUGGAUAAUUUUGAGUAUUUAACUCGAGACUCCUCCAUUCUGGGUCCACAUCAUCUUGAUGAGUUCAUCCGUGUUUGGGCAGAGUAUGAUCCAGCUGCUUGUUGUCGAAUUCACUAUAAGGAUAUGUACAAUUUAUUACGUGUAAUUGCCCCUCCACUGGGGCUGGGAAAGCGCUGCCCGUCGCGGGUAGCCUACAAGCGUCUGGUAAAGAUGAACAUGCCAAUCUCUGACACUGACCUUACCGUCCACUUCACAUCCACACUGAUGGCAUUAAUUCGGACAGCACUGGACAUUAAAUUAGCUUCAGGUGGAAUAAAGCAGCAUGAAUGUGAUGCAGAGUUACGGAAAGAGAUCUCCUCAGUGUGGCCCAACCUGUCUCAGAAAACAUUAGAUUUACUUGUCCCCCCUCAUAAACCGGAUGAAAUGACUGUUGGGAAAGUUUACGCAGCUCUUAUGAUCUUUGACUUCUACAAGCAGAACAAAAACAACCGGGACCAAUCUCACCAGCCAGCUGGAGUCUUAUCACAGACUGGAACAGUGUCCCUUUUCCAGCCAUUGAAAGCCACUCUGGAACAGAGCAUUCCCAGCACGUUUAGCAACAGCAAGAUGUUCCUUCGACAAAAGAGCUCGGCAUCCUUGAACAACGGUGGCGUGGUACCCAACCAGGAGAGUGGAAUACGGGAGUCAAGCUCAUGGGGGACACAGCCAGCCCCAGACCCUUUCUCUACGCCACGGAGCACAGCAUUCCAGAGGGGCCACUCAGAGGAGAUUCACACCCAGCAGGAGGUCAAGCAGUCUGUGGAAAUGAAAGAAAUUGGGCAGAGUUUAUCCAAUGGUGGAGAGCACUCAACCGGACUGGAGACACAAGGGCGAGCUGUGUCCAUGCCACGCCUAGCUGCAGAGGCUCAUCCUAUAACGGAUGCAAGUCCGAUGAAGCGCUCUGUGUCAACACUGACUCCUCCACAGCGGCCUCAGCUGUAUGAAUAUUCCCUUGAGAGGGUGCAGCAUGACCGCAGUCAUCAGCACCACCACCGAUGUCACCGGCGCAAAGAGAGGAAACAAAAGUCUAUGGAGAGGUCUCCGCAGAAUGAAGACCCAGCAGAAGCUGCACCACGGGAGAGGCGACAGGAGAGAGGGAGGUCCCAGGAACGCAAGCAGCAACCACCAUCGUCAUCGGAGAAGCAGCGCUUUUACUCAUGUGACCGAUAUGGCAGCCGAGAUUCUGGGCACCCCCGGCACUCUGACCACAGCCGGGCCACUUCGCCCACUUCUGGACAGGAUCAUGCUCCCCCCCCCAGACAGUGGUUCGGCCAGCGGGAGUCCACGUCUGACCAGCUCCGGUGCUAG